AUUUACUUAUUGCGUUUAAAAACACGGUAUAUUAGAAAACAGCUGAUCAAAUGCUACCAUAGUGUAUACGAAUACUUAGAAUGGGCAAGAAGGAUCAAGGAACCUGACAGUGAUUAUACUAUAUUGAUAUUUAAAAAAUUAUUCUAUAAUAAUACUACAUUUUAACUCUAUAAACAAAGAUUAUAAUAACACGUGAUUCAUAUCUAAUUAGUUAGAAUGUUGCCAAUACAGAAUUUUAUUUGUGAACAGUAUAUAAGAAGAGGUACUCUUUUAGCAUCCAUUUUACUAAGAAGAUCAUUAAAUCCAACAGCAAGUAUUGUCCAUAUACAAAGAGGAAAAAGGAAUAAAAACAAUUGCUAUGAUACAAGUAAUAUAAAUACAUUAAUUCGUCCUGUGCCUGUAAAGUCUAAUCCAGAUGAUAUUAAUAUAGGAAGCGAAUUGACUGGUGAUUUAAAUAAAACAAAUUUAUUAAUAGUUUUAAACAAAUUCAUAGAGAUCAAAGAAAUUAAAAGUUUAGCACUGGAAUAUGGACUAGAUGAUUAUUUGCAGAAAAAAGCGUUCAUAGAAUUUAGAGAAUAUUGUGUUCAAUCGCAAUCAUUGCCGACUGAUCUUCAUAUUGUUUUAAGCGACAUUCUUCAAAAUGCUGCAAAUAUAACAGAUCUUUUUCCCUAUUUUUUACGUUUUGCCAAAAAAAUGUUUCCACACAUAGAAUGUUUGGAUGAUCUUAAAAAAAUUAGUGAUCUCAGAUCGCCUGCUAAUUGGUAUCCCUCAGCAAGAGCGAAAACACGAAAAAUUAUAUUUCAUUCUGGUCCAACUAACAGUGGAAAAACUCAUCACGCUUUAGAAAGAUUUAUGAGAGCAAAAAGUGGAGUAUAUUGUGGACCUUUAAAGUUAUUAGUUUCAGAAGUAUAUAAUAAAUGUAAUAGUAUGGGAACUCCUUGUGACUUAGUUACUGGAGAAGAAAGAAGAUAUGCUCGUAGUCCAGAUGAUCCUGCAAAUCAUGUAUCUUGUUCAGUGGAAAUGGUUAACUUAAAUACUUCUUAUGAGGUCGCAGUAAUUGAUGAAAUUCAAUUACUUCGAGAUCCUGGCAGAGGAUGGGCAUGGACGAGAGCUCUUCUUGGAAUUCCUGCAGAUGAGAUACAUCUUUGUGGUGAAACAGCUGCGAUAGAUUUAGUAAAAUCUAUUUGUCUGACAACAGGUGAAACCCCUGAAAUUCGCAAAUAUAAACGGUUAACACAGUUAACAGUAGAAAAUACAGCAGUUGGAUCAUUGAAAAAUAUUAAACGUGGUGACUGUAUAGUUUGCUUCAAUAAAAAUGACAUAUUUGCUGUUACACGUCAAUUAGAAACACAAGGGAUAGAAACUGCUGUAAUAUAUGGUAGUUUACCACCGGGAACAAAACUUGCGCAAGCUGCUAAAUUUAACGAUCCAAAUAGUUCUUGUAAAGUAUUAGUAGCAACUAAUGCAAUUGGAAUGGGAUUAAAUUUACAUAUUAGAAGAAUUAUUUUUUACUCUUUAAUACAACCAAUGGUGAAUGAAAAGGGAGAAAAAGAAAUGGAUACAAUUUCUGUAUCAACGGCUUUGCAAAUAGCUGGCAGAGCGGGACGUUAUGGCACGCAAUGGAACACAGGCUAUGUCACAACUUAUAAACCACAUGAUCUUGCAACGCUGAAAAAUUUACUCAAUCAAACACCUGAGCCAAUCAUUCAAGCUGGUCUUCAUCCAACAGCUGAUCAAAUCGAAUUAUAUGCUUAUCAUUUACCAGAAACACCAUUGUCUAAUCUUCUGGAUAUUUUUAUAACACUAUCUACAGUCGAUGAUUCUUUAUACUUUAUAUGCAAUACUGAUGACUUCAAAUUCCUCGCUGACAUGAUACAACAUGUUUCUUUACCAUUACGUGCACGAUACGUAUUCUGUUGUGCGCCAAUUAAUAGAAAACUUCCAUUUUCAUGCGCUAUGUUUCUAAAGUUUGCCCGUCAAUACAGUAAAAAUGAUAAAAUCACCUUUAACUGGCUAUGUGAUCACAUUGGUUGGCCAUUCUCAACACCUAAAUCUAUACUUGAUCUUGUUCAUUUGGAAGCUGUGUUUGACAUUAUGGAUUUAUACCUUUGGUUAAGUUAUCGGUUUCCAGAUUUAUUCCCAGAUACUAAUAUGGUACGAGAUGUGCAGCAAGAAUUAGACUCAUUUAUCCAAAGAGGAGUAGUUCAUUUGAAGGAAUUAAUUACUAGUUCUAUGACUGAAGGGAACAGUGGAGAAGCAUCAGAACGAGAUGAAUUUUAUGUACAAACACGGAAACAUAAUUUUUAUAAAGGAAAUAAUGAAUUUCGUAAACGUAAGCCCUCUAUACCCAUAAGAAAGGGUAAAUUAACAGAACGAUUAUUGGCAGAAGGUUUGUUAACACCGCAAAUGUUACAAGAACUUCAAAAUGAAUGGACCAAAAAGAAAAAAUAAUAAAUUAUUUUUUACAAAAAUCAGUGACCAAAAUCCGAUGUAAAAAUGUUUAAUAUCAAAUAAAUGAUGUUA